AUGGUCAAGCUCGGCAAGCAUUCCAAGCGGACACCCGUCCGCCUCAGGCACAAGAUUGAAAAGGCCUCAGUUGCCAAGGCGAAGAAGCAGAGAAAGCUCGCAAAGAAGAACCCAGAAUGGCGGUCUAAGAUCAAGAAGGACCCCGGCAUUCCUAAUCUCUUCCCCCACAAGGACAAGCUCCUUCAUGAGAUGGAAGAGCGGAAGCGCAUGAAGGCAGAGGAACAACAGCGCAUCCGUGAAGAGGCUCGCGCCCGCAAGGCUGAAGGCCUCCCGGUACAGGACAACCACGGUGUUGAAAUCAAUGAGGACGAUAUGCUGGAUGAGGAUAUGGAAGGCGAUGGCAACGACUCAAACCCCAUGGCUGCCCUUCUCGCCUCAGCACGGGCUCGCGCCCAGGAAUAUGAUGACAACGAGAGCGACGAUGAGGAUAUGGAUGAGGAUGACGAUGACGACGAUGAGAUGGAUGAAGAUGAUGAGGAGGGCGGUGCCGUGAUCGACGAUGCCCCUCCUCUGAUCACAGCAAAGUCAUUCUCCAAGGAGAGCUCACGGCGUCAAUUCGACAAGGUCUUCAAGCAGGUUACUGACAACGCUGAUGUGGUGCUGUACGUGCUUGAUGCCCGUGACCCGGAGGGAACUCGCUCCAAGGACAUUGAGCGCGAGAUCAUGGCCGCUGACGGUGGCUCCAAGCGUUUGAUCCUCAUCUUGAACAAGAUCGACCUGGUCCCUCCCCCAGUUCUCAAGGCCUGGUUGAUCCACCUGCGCCGUUACUUCCCCACUCUCCCUCUCAAGGCCACCAGUGGCUCUGGCACCGCACACAGCUUCGACCACAAGCAGUUGACCGUCAAGGGCACCUCUGAUACUCUCUUCCGCGCUCUUAAGUCAUACGCCGGUAGCAAGCAGCUGAAGCGCUCCAUCUCCGUCGGUGUCAUUGGAUACCCCAACGUCGGAAAGUCCUCCGUGAUCAACGCCCUCACCGCACGCCUGAACAAGGGCUCAAGCAAUGCUUGCCCUACCGGCGCUGAGGCCGGUGUCACCACCAACCUCCGUGAGGUCAAGCUGGACAACAAGCUGAAGCUGAUCGACUCCCCCGGAAUCGUCUUCCCCACUGCCAGCGACAAGACCAACAAGAAGAGCAAGAAGGUUGAAGAGCAGGCUCGCCUUAUCCUCCUCAACGCCAUUCCUCCCAAGCAGAUUGAGGACCCCAUUCCCGCAGUCAACCUCCUGAUGAAGCGUCUAUCCAGCUCAGAGAACCUCAUCCAAAAGAUGCUCGACCUGUACGGCAUCAACGCCCUCUUCCCUAGCGGCGGCGACAAGACCACCGACUUCCUAGUCCAGGUUGCCCGCAAGCGCGGCCGUCUUGGAAAGGGCGGUGUCCCCAACAUCGAGAGCGCCGCCAUGACCGUCAUCAACGACUGGAGAGAUGGUCGCAUUCAGGGCUGGGCUAACGCACCCGCUCUUUCCGUCGUCUCCUCCACAGACGCCCCGGCCGCUGCUGCUGCCGAGCCUGGUGCGGACACUGCCCAGGUCGUCACGGAGUGGGCCAAGGAGUUCAAGAUCGAGGGCCUGUGGGGCAACGGCGAGGGUGAGGAUGAUGAGAUGGCCGAGUAA